GUUUUGAUGUUUGUCUAAGCUUUUAUGUCAGCCAGUUCGGUUUGCUUGCGGUUUAAAAUUAUAAUUUUUCAGGAACAAAGUUUUUUGUCUGAACUGUCGUCGUGUUGUUUGGUGCAGAGCAGAAAGCCGGCCAUGUCUGAAUCUCUGUACGAGAAGUUUCUGGCCCCAGAGGAGCCGUUCCCGCUCCUCUCCCAAAGAGCCAACCUCAGCGAUGUGGGAACUCUGGACGUCAGCGAGUUCAGCUGUCAGCUCUCAUCUUGUCACAGAACAGACCCUCUACACCGUUUCCACAGCAACAGGUGGAACCUGACUUCCUGUGGGACCAGCGUAGCCAGCUCAGAGUGCAGCGAGGAGCUCUUCUCCUCCGUGUCCGUCGGCGAUCAGGACGACUGCUACUCCCUGCUGGACGACCAGGAACUGACGUCCCUGGAUCUGUUUCCGGAGGGCAGCGUCUGCAGUGACGUCUCCUCCUCCAUCAGCACGUACUGGGACUGGUCCGACAGCGAAUUUGAGUGGCAGUUGCCGGGAAGCGACAUCGCCAGCGGCAGCGACGUCCUCUCCGACAUAAUCCCAAGCGUGCCGAGUUCACCGUGUCUGUUCUCCAAGAGGAAACCGAAAUCACACACCCACCGCAACCUGGACGAGCUGCCCUGGAGCGCCAUGACCAACGAUGAGCAAGUGGAGUACAUAGAGUAUUUGAGUCGGAAGGUGAGCACAGAGAUGGGCCUGAGGGAGCAGCUGGACAUCAUCAAGAUCAUCGACCCGUGCGCUCAGAUCUCUCCCACCGACAGCGAGUUCAUCAUCGAGCUCAACUGCCUCACCGACGAGAAGCUCAAACAGGUGCGGAGCUACAUCAGGGAGCACAGCCCCCGGCUGAGAGCCAGCAGCACCAGGGAGGGCUGGAAGAGGAGCAGCCACAGCAGCGCCAGCACCGGGGGGGUGAGCGGCGUCAGCAGCAGCAGCAACGCCAGCAUGGUCAGCUCCGCCAGCUCCUCCACGGGCUCCACGGCCUCCAACUCCAUGGCCGGUGGCACGGCCUCAGCCUGCAGCGGGAGCAACAUCAGCAGAGCUCACAGUGACGGAAACCUGUCGAGCGCCGCCGAACGCAUCCGAGACUCUAAAAAGCGAUCAAAGCAGCGGAAGCUUCAGCAGAAAGCGCUCCGCAAGCGUCAGCUGAAGGAGCAGCGGCAGGCGCGUAAGGAGCGCCUGAGCGGCCUCUUCCUGAAUGAGGAGGUGCUGUCGCUACGGGUGACGGAGGAGGACGACCACGGAGACGACCUGGACAUACUGAUGUGACACCAGUGAACCAAUCAGUGCUCCCUCUAGGCCUGCAAGCUUUCCGCCUAACCUGACGCGUUUCGUCCCAGUUCGUGUGCUUGGCCGUGUUUCGCUUCCAGCUCGUCGUGCUAGCGCUUCCACUGCAACGCUGCUGACGCUUUGAGAAAAUGCCAAUCACGGUUUAGCCUGCUUAGCACCACAGGCUAGCUGACACACAGCUAGCAACAAGGGGACUGCUGCUUAGAAAAGCUGAUGCUACUAGAACCACGACAGACAGGAGGGCAGAUCAGGAAUCACUGUUUUGUUUUGGGGGUGUUUUUUCUACAAAAUGCUCCAUGAAAACAUUUCCAUUAUUUUUCUUUUCUUCAACAUAUUUUGAAGUUGCAGUAUGUAACGUUUUAAAUGUCUUUCACAUGUUUGUUAAAACUGUCUCUGUGUCGUGACAGUGUGGUACGAGACGGAUAAUGUGUGAAAAAUAUCAAGCUCUGCCCACCAUCUGCAAAAAAACAACCAAUCAGAGGCCAGAGGAGGGUCUUAUUGCUGUCAAUUAUGCUUGUGUAUCCACUUGAUGAAUGUGUUAAUGGCGGAAACUUUUUUAAAUAGACUACAUAGCAUAAAAACAUAUGAACGUAAUGGCAACAACCAUUUUACAUUUAACUUUUUUUAUUUGACAUAAUAUAUCUUAAAUAUUCCCCACUGACUAAUAAUAUACUUUGAUUGACAGCACAAAGACCCUCCUCCUGAUCCUGAUUGGUUGUUUCUGAGUGGCGUAUUUCUGCAGUUGGUACUGGGGAAACGGGCGGAAGAGUUACAAUUUUUUUCACAGGUUAUGCGUCUCACACCGUCACGACACUAACAGUUUUAUCAAACGUAGAAAUAUUUUUAUAAAGGUCACACACUUGCAGCUUUAAAUCACGUCUUUAAAUGACAUGCUCGGGUUGCAGCAGCAAACGACACAUUUCUGCACCGUGUUUUGUCGCAUGUUUUGUGACUGCAGUCUGGGUUUGACUUGCUUACAUGUGGGCGCCCUCUGCUUUCCAUUUCGUUCAAGGCUUCAUUCUGUUAGAGCUGAAAACAAACGGUUCUUCAUUCCAGAGGUUUCAAAGGAAGUGAGCUGGUCUGUCUUUCUCUCUGCUGAGGCGCUGCAGCCUCAUUUUCACCAAGGCUUAGAGGGAGCACUGAAACCCUGCAUGUUUAAACCGCUCUCCCCCCAUGGGCCGGGAAUUGGUUCAUUUUAUAUCCUACACUGACUAAAACGGCUCACGUUUCUUGUAAAUAGUGACUCUAACAUCCUGCUUUGGUGACGGCUUCAGCUCAGUUUGCUUUGGGUGAAGUUAUUGUUUCUUAGAGCUUUGAGUCUUUAUAUUUGUCCCUUAUUAUGCUUAUGUUGGCGUUCUUGUGGCGUUUCAUCGCAUUCUGAAACUCAGACGUUUGUUUUUGGGUGAGGGUCCUCAAUGAUUUGAGUCAAAAAUGUCAGCAGACAUGAAAUCACAUCCUGCUACUUUUCACAUUUCAGCUCAACAAAAUGUUGAUGCGGCGCCACAAAAACAGCCUCUUUGGAAAACUGAAGCUACUGUUUUAAUUUUUUCUAGAUUUAGCCUCUUUGUGUUUAGAUUUAUAUAUGUAUAAUUUUUUUUUUUUGUUUGUUUCUCUCCGUUACAUUGCGACUCUUUCACUCCUCCUGAGCCGUAAGGUGUUUGAACCGCUGCGGUUACCGGCACCAACGUCUGCUGUUUGUCAUUUAUUUGAAAUAUUUCUGUUCAUAUAUAUAUAAAGAUCUAAAUUACAGCCGUUAUGUUUCAAAAACAAGUUUAUGUCUUCUGUAGCAUUGAGAAAUAUUAAGAUUCUAUUUUGGAAAUUUAAACAAUUUUGAAAGAAAUGUGAUUUAAACUAAAUAAUUAAAAAAGAAGUGUGUGUUAAUAAGGUACCAAGAACUGCUGAAAAAUAAACAAGCUUACA